CGAGGGCCCCGAGACCCGGUGAGCCAGUCCUGCGCUCCGAGUGGUCGCCCUCGUCGUGCCGCCGCCGGCCUCCGGGGCCAGUGCUUCGAGGCCGGCCCGGACAGGAACCUCCCGCCCCCCGCGGGAACCGCCGCCUACCGGCGCGUCGGGGGAGGAGCCGCCGCCGCCGCCCGUGCCGACUGCGGAAGAGUCCGGGCCUCCCAGGGAUGGGGAGCAGCCCGCGGCGCUGAGAGACCUGGUUCCUGUCACCUCAGGCUGCGGGACCUCCUCCCCCGGCGCCCGCGGUCGUCCCAGCGCCCGGAGCCUGGUGGGGGCGGCGAGGAAGACGAGAGGGGUCCCCCAGCCCGGGGACAUGGGGCCGCGCGAGCCUGGCGCGGGACGGCCCGAGACGCUGCCUAGGCUGCGGCCACGAGCGGCCGGCAGCCCCCGGUAGUGAGCUAAGACCACAGCGGCCGACCCCAAGGCGGCGGGGACUCGCGGGCCCCCGAGACUCCGGAGGAGGAGCCGACACCCAGCCCCGAGCUGAUCCCGCCCCGGCCUCGGAGGGACUCCCGGGCCCCUUCGCUGCGGCUCGCCGACUUCCCUCCGUGACGGAGUUUUCUCCUUGUGCCUUCCCGAGGAUCGCUCGCUAGCCCUAGAACUCGCCUUCCGGCAGACUCUCUCGGGUUGUUUUGGGGAGAUACUCUGUUUUGCUUCGACCUACAUCCCCGUUCCUUGACCCCUUCCAGGCGGCCGUUCUAGAUGACUGAAUGGAGUUUUGAGUCGGACUUUUGUGUCCCUUGCGGAGUCGGGCCUGAUCCCAGAGCACUGGGGGUGGGGUGGAGGUGUUACUGUAAAAUGCAAGUUGGAUAAAAGAAGGACUUCUCGCCAAGGGCCCCAAUGAGCGGCACACAGUCUACUAUCACCGACAGGUUUCCCCUCAAAAAACCUAUAAGGCAUGGAAGUAUUUUGAACCGAGAGACACCAACAGAUAAGAAGCAGAAAGUUGAGCGCUGUGCAUCACAUGAUUUUGAUCCCACAGAUAGCUCCUCCAAGAAGACAAAGUCUAGUUCAGAGGAGAGUAGAUCCGAGAUAUAUGGUCUUGUUCAGCGUUGUGUGAUCAUCCAGAAGGAUGACAAUGGAUUUGGGCUGACGGUCAGUGGAGACAAUCCAGUCUUCGUACAGUCUGUCAAAGAAGAUGGAGCAGCCAUGCGGGCUGGAGUACAGACAGGUGAUCGAAUCAUCAAGGUGAAUGGUACAUUGGUGACUCAUUCAAACCAUUUGGAAGUGGUGAAGCUAAUCAAAUCUGGUUCCUAUGUAGCUCUCACUGUUCAGGGACGCCCACCUGGGUCGCCCCAGAUUCCACUUGCUGAUUCUGAAGUAGAGUCAUCAGUCAUUGGACAUAUGUCUCCCAUCAUGACAUCCCCUCAUUCACCUGGAGCCUCUGGAAACAUGGAGAGAAUCACUAGUCCUGUGCUCAUGGGGGAGGAAAACAAUGUGGUUCAUAACCAGAAAGUAGAGAUUCUGAGAAAAAUGUUACAGAAAGAACAGGAACGGCUGCAGUCAUUGCAGGAAGAUUACAACCGAACACCUGCCCACAGAUUGCUAAAAGAGAUCCAAGAGGCCAAGAAACACAUUCCUCAGCUGCAAGAGCAGUUAUCCAAAGCCACAGGCUCUGCUCAGGACGGAGCUGUAGUUACAUCCUCCAGGUCUUCAGGUGACACCCUGGCAGUCAGCGAGGUAGAAGCAGACCCUGGUGACGGAUUGGGGAGAAUUGACUACAGCAGCGGAGACGCUUCUCGGCCCAGUAGUGACAGCGCAGACAGUCCCAAGAGUGCCCUGAAAGAGAGGAUUUAUCUAGAGGAAACCCCAGAGAAAAGUGAAGUGAUUCAGGACACUGAUACCCAGUCACUCAUCGGGAGUCCCUCUCCCCGUAUGGCACCUCAUAUUAUUGGAGCAGAGGAUGAUGAUUUUGGUACUGAACAUGAACAGAUCAAUGGGCAGUGCAGCUGUUUCCAGAGCAUUGAACUGCUAAAAUCUCGCCCUGCGCACCUGGCUGUAUUCUUACACCAUGUAGUUUCACAAUUUGACCCUGCAACAUUGCUCUGUUAUCUCUAUUCAGACCUAUAUAAGCAGACCAAUUCCAAGGAGACUCGUCGUGUCUUCCUCGAGUUUCAUCAAUUUUUCCUGGAUCGAUCUGCGCACCUGAAAGUUUCUGUUCCUGAUGAAAUAUCAGUAGAUCUAGAAAAAAGAAGACCUGAGCUUAUACCUGAGGAUCUCCACCGCCACUAUAUCCAGACUAUGCAGGAAAGAGUCCACCCAGAAGUUCAGAGGCACUUGGAAGACUUUCGGCAGAAACGUAGCAUGGGACUGACCUUGGCUGAAAGUGAACUGACAAAACUUGACGCGGAGCGAGACAAGGACCGGGUAACUUUGGAGAAGGAACGGGCAUGUGCGGAGCAGAUUGUUGCCAAAAUUGAAGAAGUGCUGAUGACUGCUCAGGCUGUAGAAGAAGAUAAAAGUUCAACAAUGCAGUAUGUCAUCCUUAUGUACAUGAAGCAUUUGGGAGUAAAAGUGAAAGAACCUCGAAAUUUGGAGCACAAACGAGGUCGGAUUGGAUUCCUUCCAAAAAUCAAGCAAAGUAUGAAGAAAGAUAGAGAAGGCGAAGAAAAAGGGAAGCGCAGAGGAUUCCCCAGCAUCCUGGGACCCCCAAGGAGACCCAGCCGUCACGACAACAGUGCAAUUGGCAGAGCUAUGGAACUACAGAAGCAGCGGCACCCUAAGCACUUAUCCACGCCGUCUUCUGUGAGUCCUGAGCCUCAGGACUCUGCCCGCUUGCGCCAGAGUGGGUUAGCAGGAGAAGGAACAGACAUUGGGUACCUGCCAGCCAACUCCGUGUCCUCUGGGGCUUCUGGGGCCACUCUUUCCCAGGAAGGUGGGAAGGAGAAUGAUCUGGGAUCAAAGCAAGUUGGAGAAACCCCCACGUCCGGAGACGGCAUGGACAGCGCCCCCCGCACUCCCAAUACCAUCUUUGAUUUCCCGCCGCCCCCGUUAGACCAAGUGCAGGAGGAGGAGUGGGAGGUGGAAAGGGUGCCUGAACAUGGGACACCAAAGCCCUUUCGAAAAUUUGACAGCAUAGCUUUUGGAGAAAGUCAAAGUGAGGAUGAACAGUUUGAAAAUGACUUAGAGACAGAUCCACCCAACUGGCAGCAGCUGGUUAGUCGAGAAGUGUUACUGGGACUAAAGCCUUGUGAGAUCAAAAGGCAGGAAGUAAUUAACGAAUUGUUCUACACUGAAAGAGCUCAUGUUCGAACACUGAAGGUUCUUGAUCAAGUGUUCUAUCAGCGAGUGUCCAGAGAAGGAAUUCUGUCACCUUCGGAACUACGGAAAAUUUUUUCAAACUUGGAAGAUAUUCUUCAACUUCAUAUUGGAUUGAAUGAGCAAAUGAAGGCUGUUCGAAAGAGGAAUGAGACCUCAGUUAUUGAUCAGAUUGGGGAAGAUCUGCUGACCUGGUUCAGCGGACCAGGGGAGGAGAAGUUGAAACAUGCUGCUGCCACCUUUUGCAGUAACCAGCCUUUCGCCCUAGAAAUGAUCAAGUCUCGUCAGAAGAAGGAUUCCCGGUUUCAGACUUUUGUGCAGGAUGCUGAGAGCAAUCCACUGUGUCGUCGUCUGCAGCUGAAGGAUAUCAUUCCUACCCAAAUGCAGAGGCUUACUAAGUACCCUCUUCUGUUAGAUAAUAUUGCCAAAUACACAGAAUGGCCAAUGGAAAGGGAGAAGGUGAAGAAAGCUGCAGAUCACUGUCGUCAGAUCCUAAAUUAUGUAAACCAGGCUGUCAAGGAGGCAGAAAACAAGCAGCGCCUGGAAGACUAUCAGCGUCGCCUUGAUACCUCCAAUCUGAAGUUGUCAGAGUACCCAAAUGUGGAAGAGCUCAGGAAUUUGGAUUUAACGAAAAGGAAGAUGAUUCAUGAAGGGCCGCUGGUCUGGAAGGUGAAUCGGGAUAAAACUAUUGAUCUGUACACAUUGCUGCUGGAAGACAUUCUUGUAUUGUUACAAAAACAGGAUGACAGACUGGUGUUAAGAUGUCAUAGUAAGAUUCUGGCGUCUACGGCUGACAGCAAACACACAUUUAGCCCUGUCAUUAAGUUGAAUACGGUGCUGGUUCGGCAAGUGGCAACAGAUAACAAAGCUUUGUUUGUCAUCUCCAUGUCAGACAAUGGAGCCCAAAUUUAUGAACUGGUGGCUCAGACAGUUUCUGAAAAGACUGUGUGGCAGGACCUUAUCUGUCGGAUGGCCGCCUCAGUGAAGGAACAGUCGGCAAAGCCUAUCCCACUGCCCCAGUCACCGCCGUGCGAAGGAGACAAUGAUGAAGAAGAGCCUCCGAAAUUAAAAGUGGAGCAUCAUAGCAUUUCAGUCCCUGGUCUGCAGAGUCCAGACAGAGAUUUGGGAUUAGAGUCUCCCUUAAUAACGUCAAAACCUCAGUCUCAUUCACUGGGUGCCUCUGGGAAGUCUGAGGUAGCUGAUCUGUUUGUGGCUGAGAGACAGUUUGGUAAGGAGCAGCACAGCGAUGGGACCCUGCAGGAAGCUGGAGCAAGUUACCUGGACCCAGUCCCAGAGCCGCACUCUCCUGCCUCAGAAGAACGGUGGGCGUUGGACGCACUAAGGAAUCUGGGAUUGCUGAAGCAGUUGCUUGCACAACAGCUGGGUCUGGCUGCGAAGAGCACUCGGGAAGACUGGCCGCAUUUCCCGAGAUCCAGGACAGCGUCUUCAGGGGCGCAGACUGACCAGGGGACCCAGAACUCUGAAAAUAGUAAGGCCUGUCCUCCCCGUGAAGGACAGAUGUCCUUUAGAACUGAAAGUGGUGACCUUUCCACUUGUUACAGUCCACGGACUUCAACUGAAUCUUCUGCUCCACGGGAUUCAGUGGUACUGGCGUUCCAAGAUAGCCAGGCAAGUAACAUUUUAGUAAUGGACCACAUGGUUAUGACCCCAGAGAUGCCUCCUGCAGAGCCAGAAGGGAGUCUUGAUGAGAGUGGAGAGCACUUUUUUGAUGCCCGGGAAGCACAUAGUGAUGAUAAUCCAUCAGAAGGCGACGGAGCGGUUCAGAAGGAAGAGGACGUUAAUUUGCGCAUCUCAGGAAACUACUUGAUCCUGGACGGCUACGACGCGGUGCAGGAGAGCUCCACAGACGAGGAAGUGGCCUCCUCGCUUCCCCCGCUGCCCACAGCAGGCGCCCCCCCCACAGACUCUGCCGGCCAGCAGCAGCAUUCUCCCCAGAACGCCCAUUCCGAUGGGGCGCUCUCCCCGUUCACCCCGGAAUUCCUGGUCCAGCAGCGCUGGGGAGCUAUGGAGGAUUCCUGUUUUGAGACCCAGAGUCCCCUGUCCUGUGCAGAUUCCCAAAGCCAGAUCAUGGAAUACAUUCGUAAGAUCGAGGCUGACCUCGAACAUUUAAAGAAGGUGGAGGAAAGUUACAACAUUCUUUGCCAAAGGCUGGCUGGAUCAGCCCUCACAGACAAGCACUCAGAUAAAAGUUAGAGCCGCGUGUCCUGGAGGUGACUGAAGGUUGUUGGAUUUUGAGCGUCGGCCUUGUAUCACCCAUCCUGGCUCCACUGUGGGCGCGGAGAAGAGUGUGUGACAGAGGGUCUGCCAGUGAACCCCCAACCCCCAGGACAGUCCCGUGCCCGGCGCCCAGAGCAGGACUAGUUCUUCACAGUCUGGCAGCUGCUCUCGUCUGUCAGUGAGGGAGUAUUCGUUCUCUCACUCCGCUCUCCUCACUAUCGGAAAUUCAUUUUGAUUCACAACAGAAACCAAAUGUAUAGAGCUUUGGGUGUAGGAUAUGAAAUUUUACUUAGACUUAAGAAAAAGAGAAAAUCAGAUGUAUUUAUUUGACUUCAUUCCGUAUUUGAAAGCACAUUUUAAUUUUUAUUUUGCCAUGUUUUGUUUGAGUAGUGAGAGUUUUAGCCUUUGUAUUUAGUACGCCCAAGAGUCAGUUGCUCCUGAAACCGAGAGUUCAGGAUGAGGUGUUCGGAGGUUGGGUAGAGAGGUGAAGGAGAGGGAGACGUCAGCGGGGGAAGCGAGGAGCAUCUGGCUUCCACUAAACUGUACUCCACACCCUCUGCUGCCCAGUAGGCAUCUUCCCACGGCUCCUGUGUGCAGAGGACUUGAACCGUGGGCUACCCAGGCGGGCGGAGAGCUGUUCCCACGUGAGACAAGCCCCUCUUCUCUGUAGCUGGGAUCAACCCCCAGGAACAGAAAUCCUCAGUAUACUAAAGAGCAGGCACUUGAAAAUGGGUGUGUUUUCUUCUUGUCUUCUUUUCUAUUGAGGGUAGGGAUUUGGGAGGGAGAGGAAAGCAAAUUUUAUUUUCUUGGCUAUAAAUUUGCUAUUAUUGGUAUUGUUUCAUUUUUAUAAUUAUACAUUAGACUUUGGCACUUGGGUAAAAUGAUCCCUGCAGAUUGAGCAGGAAGUAAAAACAAACGGAGAUGCUUCAGAUGGUGGCAGGGGUGGGGGUGCUGAGGAAGGGGGGAUGGGCGCGGGGAGAAGAGUUUGGGAAGGCUGUCUAACGGAAUCACUACUGAGUUGAACCAUGGCUAUCACUAGCCACGGGUACUGCUGAAUAUAAGGCCAGUAAAAUUUUAGUACCUGGAGGUUUGACUCUUAAUACUAAUUUUGCACUGAUGGUGCCAAAGGGCUCUCUGAGUUCAGAGGAGAGCCGCGAGUGGAGUGGAGAGAGAUGAGGUGGAGAAGGCAGAGCCGCGCAAACCGGCUCCAGAAGCACGUCCUCUGACUUCACUGCCGGAGCUUUUUCCACACUGGUGCAUGACCAACCUUAAAGUUGCAGACCAGAGCAUACACUGGAUACUGUGGGCAAGGGGUUGCCAACUGCCUGCUCUAGAAUGAAUUGUCAUAUUGGCUGCCCCCUGCCGAGGGUAAAUGUGUCAGAAUUCUAACUUUGGAACUCCUUCAGUGAUAUUGGCUUUCUGUGGUUUUCUUUGUGCAUCAGGUAUAUGUGUUUUGGAGUAUUUUUGCCGACUAACGCUAAAUCAUUGGUCAAGUCUUCAAAUUCUGUCACUACAUAGAGAGUACCUCCACUGAUCAUUUCAGUAGUGCCCUCUGAACUCUCUGGGUAAUCAGGAUAUAAUUUUACUCUUCCCUGCACUCUCCUCGCCAGUGGUAAGGACGCCCUACUUCUUUUAUAAACCCCACUACAACUUAGCAAGCUCAUCUAGGUCCAGAUUCCUGUUCCCUGCUUUUUUCAAAUCUGACCUGUGUUUUGAAGUAGAUAAAUUUGGACUGUUGGACCUCAUCUGUAAAUUAGAAUUAUAUUUCGAGUCGUAGACCAAGUAUAAAUUAAAUCUGAGUGAGAUUAAAAAGUUUAGAAGCAGAAGCUAGUUAAGUGAAGCUUGGGACUUGAACUUUCUGUAUCUCUUACAAGAAGCCAGUGGAAGCACAUGGUUACGUUGUGCAGCUGGAAAUGGUGUCGUCACUCUCAACUAAAAGGGUAACGCACCCACAGCCACCUGACACCAGUGUCAUCAGCAAGCAUUUAAUCAGGAGAAAGGUAACUGUAAGUGGGACUUUUACCUUACAUUCAGACAGCACACGAUAAUCCCAUAAUUCUCCGGCACUCACCAGAAGCUUUGUAGGUUAGCAAAGUGUUGGUUUCUCUUCUAGCUCAGCCAGUAUAUCUUGUCCUUAAAAACCAUUUGCUUUUCUUUUCCUGCAAUUGAACCUCUCCUUGGAAGAGGGCUAACUGGAAAAAUACAGUGACCAUAGCUCUAGUGCUUCCAAAUAAAUUCAUAUCUGGAUUUUCAAAUGAAGCCCCAAAACAAAGGCUGAGUCUGAAAAGAUUCUGCAAUUUUGAGUGUGUUCCUUUGAUCUCACCAGCCUACCUCCUUCCCUCCUCCUUCCCAGCAUUGCCUCCUCCACCUCCCAUUUUUUGGGCCAUUAUAAUCACAGCCAUUUUACUUUGAAAUAGUAUCUGCCUUUCAGGAUGAUGGAAUUAGAUGUUCAUACUGUCCUUGAGUGACGGUGGUCACCAUCAAAGCUGUUUUCUCUCACGUUACCUGACUAGAAUCUGGACUCAAGGGUGGUGAACACAGCCACCUUCCCAGAGCAGGAGGGCUGGGUGUUAGCCAUCGAAGUGACCUGCCGCGGCCCUGUGCUCUCUCCCGUGGGCCUGAAGGCUCCUUUGCUGUUAAGUGGCAAAUUACAUUUGGAGUGCCUCCUUCCUUCUCAGAGAACAGAGUUAAUCAAGGCAAAUCAGCAAGCCCCCAGCGUGCUAUAAUUUAAAAUCAUGAUUACAGCCCUGGAAGCCAUAUAUUUUGCAUACUUUAAAAUCAGCUAACUUGGACUUGCUUGAGUUAUCUUGGCUUUUAGAACCGAAACUGUAACUAUUCUGUCGUACUGUGAGAAGGCAUAUUUCAUUAGCUUUCUGGCUUCCCAUUCCCCAAAACAACUGCUAACCACUGUUUAAAACACUUUUUAUUUUAUUUUUUUUUGGAGGAGAGAGGGGGAACCAAAUGUGAGAGUAAAGGAGAAAAGCUUAUUUUUUCUUCUUCUUAGAAGCUAGAGAAAAUAAGGCUUCCUGCGAGUUGUCUUUUACUUGCAUGCUUUUCUUUUGAUGUUGGUAAAUUUGGGGAACUACAUGGAGCUUCUGUAUUUCAAACUGGAAACUGUCUUCUCUGAAGGUGGUAUGCGAUGUUAUUUUGCACUGCUAGAGCUUUGGUCAACAUUUCCUUCCGUCCGUGCCACAGAAAGCACCGUUGAGAGUUGUGCACAGAGGACCUCAGAAUACAAAAUCGGCAGCACCUUCUCGUCACCUUUCUGCUGGCUGGUUCUUUCCCUCUUCUGUUACAAUUUUUGUUUUAAAUCAUGUUUUUUUGGGUUUGGUUUUGGUUUUUUUUUUCUGACUGUUCCACCCCAUUACAUUGAUCUGCAAAAUUGUUCCUUCUUCGAGAAAAGAGUUUCUUUUGCCUCGUUCCUUAUGCCUUCCCCACUGGUACUGAUGGUUUUGAUAAUAAAUUGGUAGAAAAACAACGUACCUCUUCGAAGGAAGCCCUGUCGGCCAUUUCCGAGUGCCAAUGGCUAAGCGGAUAUACUGCAAAAAUGGUAACUGUAAUGUGCACACUAUUGGUUAUUUUUAAUAAGCCUCUUCCUACUAGAACAUUUUAUUUUCCUUGUUCACCAUACAAUCAUGUACUCUUUAACAGAAAUUACUUUUUAAAAAAUCUGGAACUAUCUUUAAAAGAACUUUAUUAAUAAUCAUGUAUUUUUACUGAUCACAUUUUGAAAUGCCUAAAAGACUUUAUUCUAAUUAUCCAGAUGUACCUUUGUAAAAUAGCUCUUUUAUGAAUUAGCUGAUAAGGCUGUAUGUUUCUGGAACAAAAUAUUGGUCAUCUAAAAACUUUCUGUUUUCUGGGGUCUGGGAAAAUAGAAAAUGAGAGUUCAAAUAUUAAAUAUGCUUAAAGGAACCAAGUAUGUGGCUUUUUAUUUAUAUUCUUGUUAAUUUGUCUCCUACAAGUUACGUAGAAAAGUUUAGGCCCCAAGGAGGCCAUGGCUGGCAGGCCACAGCCUCGCCUGCCUGUUGGAGCGCCUUCCCUGGCUGGAAGAGCCUGCUGUGUCUGUGAUGGGGGAGCGUCUGUGUGGACCCCCAUGGCGGGGAGGUGGGGGCAGCGUCUGGGGCAGCGCUUGUGCUUCCUAACUGCUGUAUUGAGACAUAAUUCACCUUUCGUACAAUCGCUCAUUUAAUGUGUACAGUUCAGUGAUUUUGGGGUAUGUAUUUUUUAAAUUGUAAAACAAUGUAACAAAAUUUGUCAUUUUAACCAUUUUUUAAGUGUAUAAAUCAGUAGGAUUAAUGAGGCAGCUUUUUCACUUGAAAAUGACUUUGGUUUAAUGCUACCCUAAAUGAAAAUACGAUGUUUUUAUUACCAUUCUUAUCCCCAAUGCUGGACUUCCUAAGGUAGCAAUAUUUCUUUGCUUUUAUGGAUCCCAUUUCAGUUUUGGGGCUUUUUGGUCUGUUGGUUUUGACAUAGAGGUAUCAUUCGACUUAUUCUUGGGAUGAUAGUUUAGGGGCACAUUUGGCUGAUAGACCUAAUAAGCAUGACAAAAAAUGCUCAGUAUUUUGCAGAAGUUUUUAGUUAAGCCUUUUAAUACCCAAAUGUACUUUGCAGAAAUUAACCUGUUUGUACUUGUGGCUGUGUUUAUGAGCAUAAUCGGUAGGGAAACGCAUGCCUGUUCCAUUCCCACUUGCUCCAUCUUCUAAGAAGAGUGGCAAAAAUAAAAUCCUGUCUUUGCAUA